AUGACUUUGAUACUUGUCGAGCACAAAAAACUUGUUAUAUCUCUCUGUCAGAGAAAUCAUCUUUUUCUAUUACCAGCUGAAGUAGUCCCACAACAAUAUUUGAAUUCCAUUCCAUUCAAAAAGGUGCUCCCGAUGGGAUUUUUCUUUGCAUUCUCAAAAGAAUAAUAUAUAUUUAAGGCUGUGUCACCCUAUGCAGACUGUCAUGCUUUUGAGAGUUUUCUUCUUCAUGACUGUUCGUUCAUGAAUAUCUUUAUGUUUUAGGUGGAUAUCAUCUUGGUUUUCGUUCCUGAAUAGAAGAGUACUUUCCAAAAUGCUUGUGCAAUCAUAUCUUUGAGUUUAUGUUUCCAAGAAGAUAUAUGUAUUAUACAGUUCAUGUUGUUGCUGUGAUCAAGGGACUUUAGGCUGGCUCUUGGUUACUGUAUGUCAAGUUCUGGGAAUAUCCAUGUGAUUUUAAUACCAUAUUUGAAAUAUGCUUGUUUUUAAUUCUGAUGAAGAGACUGAUUUUGUGCCCAUACAUGUGAAUUUGCACAAUCUAGAAUGGGGGUAAUGGUUGUAUUUUAUGAUUUAUGUGCACUAUUGAACCGAGAGAGCAUUAGAUUGGUCCUACCCAUUUCUUUUACUGAUUUCCAGCUACACUUGGCCCAUUUUCCGCAUUAGCAAGAAAAAUAAGAGAAUUCCAGUCACUAAUUCUUACAAAGUUCUCAGCAUUGGAACCUUGGUAUCUGAUUGUUUGUUUAUCAUUACUUAGUGAAUUCUUCAUAAGUUCCAAGAGACCAAGAUCCUAUAACAGGAUCUGCCACAUCUGUACAUCUUAAAUUACAGUUGGGAAUCAAGAUUUGGGCUUUCUCAAGAUGGGGAAUGAGAUGCCUAACAGAAAUAUCCAAGCUGGUCCAGAGGAGGACAAUAUGCAGAAUCAGACUUCCCAACAAUCUUCUUCAGAUGGUGUUGUAGCUCCAAUUGAGAAGAAAAUGCCCAAAUCAACGCCUUUAGGAAUCCUUGAAGAUGAUUCGGGCUCAGGGUCAAAGAAAGAAGCCACAACUAAUAAGGAUGCUAUGGCUUCGAAGGUUAAAACUUCUGCUGUGGAUGGUGAUCAGCAGGUUCAAGGCAAGAAUUCUGAAGAGAAUACGCAAAAAUCAGCAAUCGGACACGAAGUUGAUGCAGCGCGAGUGUUAGAUGACAAGAUCAUUGAACCUCAGAAAGCAUUAGUGCCAGCUGAAGAAUCGAUCAAAAGACAAGAAGGAUCAUCAAUGAAUGAGGAAGUGCUAACCAAUGACACAGAGUACAAUGGUAACAAGGAUGAAAACACCACACCACCAAAACUAGAAAUUGCUGCUAUGCAAGUUGAGGGUAAGCAUUUUGAUGAGUCCAUCAAGAUCUCACUUGCUGAGUUAAAGCAACCUUUUCCUGAAUCAGAAUCCAUCAUCAAUGACAAUCAAACAGAAACUGUUGUUAGCAUUGCAAAUCAAAUGACUGUGAAUGAAAGGAUGCUCCCUACUCUUAUGAAUGCAUGUGAAUCUACUGGAGAGAUAACAGAUAUGAGCAGUUCCAAUGCUAAAAGUGAAGUUUGUGCCAAGAAAGAUCCAAAUCUGGAAUAUAAUGAAGACAAGCAAGCUGUGGAUGAGGUUGCUCUGCAAAGUGGAACACAAGAACCUCUAGUUAUGAGCUUACCUUCAGAGGACGUACAGAAAAUGUCAUCUCCACAAGCUUCAGGUGCACACUGUGCAGCAGGAGCAAAGGAUAUCCAAAUCAAUCCAGUCACGGCACUUCAAAUACUUUCCCAACAGCAUGGGCUUGAAGAGAUGUCCACAGAAGAUAAAAUAUUCUCUGCAACUGAAUUAUGUUCUAGUCAGGCGGAAUCAACUAAGAUGUCAAAUGGCUUGCAGCCUUUUUCAGAAGUUAAACAGGACGCAGAUCUAAUGCAUGUGCAACAGAAGACAAUGUCAACUGAAGAAAAUGGUUUAAAAGAACCAGUCAAACAACCCAGUGGAGCUUCCAACAUACUAAAUGAGAUGAAGGGAGAAAAUAUCAGUACUGAAAAUGCAAAAAUAAAUAGCUCUGAGGUGAGCAAUGGAUUCCUGCAUGAUGAAAACAUAAAGGCCAAAGAGCUCAAAAUAAUUUCAGAACUGGGAAAGCCUGAAAUUCCUACUGUUGUGCUUUUGGAGAAAAGAGAACCAGAGAAACGGGAAGUAGACAUUACAGAUGUGGAGGUUAUGGAAAAGAAUGUGAAACAACAAUCUGCUUCAGAGAUUCUGGAGGAGAAUAAUUCAUUUCAAAUAAAUAGCUCUGAGGUGAGCAAUGGACUACUGCAUAAUGAAAACAUAAAGGCCAAAGAGGAAAAAAUAACAUCAGAACUGGGAAAACCUGAAAUUCCUACUGUUGUGCCUUUGGAGAAAAGUGAACCAGAGAAACGGGAAGUAGACAUUACUGCUGUGGAGCUUAUGGAAAAGAAUGUGAAACCACAAUCUGAUUCAGAGAUUCUGGAGGAGAACAAUUCAUUUCAAAUAAAUAGCUCUGAGGGGAGCAAUGGAUUACUGCAUGAUGAAAACAUAAAGGCCAAAGAGGAAAAAAUAACAUCAGAACUGGGAAAACCUGAAAGUCCUACUGUUGUGCCUUUGGAGAAAAGUGAACCAGAGAAACAGGAAAAAGACAUUACUGCUGUUGAGGUUAUGGAAAAGAAUGUGAAACCACAAUCUGCUUCAGAGAAUCUGGAGGAGAAUAAUUCACUUCUCCUGCAUCAAGGAUUGGAAUAUAAAAACAAUACUGUGUCGGAAGUGGAAAAUGGGUUGUUAAAAGUUCCUAAUUGCUUACAGUCUAAAUUAGAACCAAUUCAAGGCAAUCAAGGUAGAUCAGAAACAGUUUUGGCUGUAAUUGAUGCGAUUCAAGAGUCUGUCACUUUGCUAUCUCCUCCAGAACACAUGGAUACCUCAGAUAUGACUCUUCUGCAGGAAUUGAAGAUUGAAGCAUCCAAUGAAGGUGUUUCCAAUAUUGUGGACAAGCUAGAAAACCCUGCUUUCGAGCAGUUUACUGAUGAGUUCCUUCAGAAUGAUCAUGACAAAGGUGGGGAAAUAAAUAUUGCAAAUGGAACAAUGGAUGGACCACCUCCAUUGGGAUCUAUCGACAAAAUGAAUAUGGUACCCUUGGUUAAAACUAAGGAUAAACCAUCCGGCACUUCUGUCACUGUGUUGGCUAAUGAAGUAAGCCAGCUAGCAGAAAUUGUGGUUCCAGAGUCCUCUGCUUCUAUGUACACAAUUGAAGUUGAAGGACAUGAUUUCAAUAAUCAAAAUAAAGCAGCAAACAUUGCCACCUUCAGUUUUGAAAAGAAAGAGCAACCCCUACAAAGCCAAAAUGACUGGCACGCUAAAGAAAAAUUGAAUGGAAUGACUCAAAAAGAUGAAAGGGACAUCUUCGAACCUGAGGUUAACAAGUUAAAUGAUUAUAAAGAUUCUCUCUCCAGCAGUGAAUUUACUUCCAACCAAACUGAAGAAAAAUCAGAUCAGACCUUGCAGAAUUCAAGUAGUUCUAUUAAAGAUUCGCCUCAGGAACAGGAAGAUGUAAGCGAAGCCUCAGACAAUGAAAUGCAGAAGCAAGAUGUGAAUGGAGGAGAUACCAAGAACGGGAAUGCAGAAAAUGGUAUGCUGUCCAUUCUGGAUAAAGAAAUUCCAACGUGGCCUGCUACUAACAUUACAUCAACAGCUGGUACAACGGAUGAACAACACUCGGACAUGGGCAAGGAAGAUCCAAUUCAACUAGGGGACAAGUCUAAGCCUACAACAACUUCAAACAGUGAACUGUACCCUAAAGAUUAUGUGAGUUGCCCGACACUAGAAUCAUGGCAUGAAGGAAGUGAAGAUGAUCCGAAGACACCAUUACUUGCUACAGCUCCAGGAUCACCUGAGGAAAAGAAGGAAUCAAGAUUGCAGGAUAAUUUAGACAUGGAUGAUACCAGAGUGUCCUUAGAAAGGACUGAUUCUGAAAAAAUCCGUACUCCUCUGCGCCAUCUUUUUAAAGAUGAUUCCACUGUUGCAGUGCCUGAACAAAUUGUUGUGCCAAAAGAACAAGGGAUUGCUAAAGAAAAAUCUGUCAAAGACAUUUGGGGAUCACCUGCAAAACUUGUUUCUACUCCACCUAGUAAAGAGAAGCAAAAGACAAAGUCUAUCUUCACCCAGUGCAUCUGUUGCUCAGCAGUACAUUAAUCAUAGUGUUUGUUAUAGUAACUUAUUUGCUUCUAGUAAUUGUUUUCACAAUUCUUUCAAGAGUUCUUGUAUGCACAAGGUUUUGUUAUUUAAAAAAGUUGUGUGUACCGAGUGGAAGAUUAUAUGAGCCUAAUGAAAAUUGGUGUUGGCUCUUUGUGAUUUAGAUCUUUUGCAGUAUGAAGCAAAAGAAAAGAGUAUGUGAUAAGCCUUGGUAGAAACCUGCCUCACACCUACACUCUCUGUUAACUAUCUUCAUUACAGUUACCGUGAAGUGUGUUUUCUAUGCUAACAGGCUAACAGCCCAACAGCCUAAUUAUGUCACUGUUGUCACAACUAUUUACCAUGGGUGAGAAUUGAAAUUUCUAUUAUUUAUUUAUGCAA